AUGCAUACGAUGUGUUUGGCCUUUUUCUUACUGAGAACAUUUACGUUCUCAUCCGGGAUCGUGUACGUACGUGUCAAAAACGAACGAGGUCCAACGGCCGUACAGGCAGGCAUCAACUGCCUGGAGCUGCUCACCGAUAUUUUCUUCUACUCAACCGAUUCAGCACAGAUUCAAAACCUGGUGAUGUUUCACCUGGACAAUCUGAGCUCUCCUUCAAGGGAAAUCGAGUUGGGUUACCUGCAGAACCACCACACUGGUUACGAAGAGAAAGUUUACGGUGGGAAACAAAUCUUCCAACUGAAGUUGAUGUCCGAUGUGCUUCCGUUGGACAGCUUGCGGCGGGCACAAUUCAUAGAUCACAAAUUGACUGAUUUCUACGUGAUUGUGGCCGACGAGAUGGAAAAGUUGUACCGGGCCAUGCACUACGUUAGUUCCGCGUACGCGUUCAAUCCUCGCGGGAAGUUUGUGAUUUUAUACAACAACCCAAAUGAUCGUGGAAACGAGAGUCAGUUCGCACUGGAAGUGCUUAACUUGAUGUUUAUUGGACACCAUUCAGUAAACGUGUUGGUCGCAUUCGCAGUGGACAUGAUGACUUACAACAUCUAUACUGGAGAUCCGUAUCAUGGAACACAAAACGAUUGCGGUCAAAUGAAAGCCUUGAAAGUUGCCACGGUGGCGAAUGGGACAUUUCGGAAUAGACUUCUCGCAAUUGCGGCGAUUCGGAUGCCAAAAGUUCCAGCGGAAAUGGAGUCUUGUACGUUUAACCUGUGCACUAGGGUGGCUUCACCGUUCAUCAAUGAAGGUUGCGAGACGGGAUUGGAAAUAGAAAUUAUGCGCUUGCUCCAGGAAUCUAUGAAGUUCAACGUCAAUAUAUCGUGUAGUACAAUGGAGCGUGGGGAACUGAUGGAUGAUGACAUCACUUGGUCAGAUCUAUUGGGGAAACUCCGAGAUGAUGAAUGCGACAUAAUAGCCGGAUCGUUUUACCCGGAUUACGACGUGCAUAUGGACUUUGCUGGGACAUCACUCUACUACCAGGACUAUUACACUUGGUUUGUGGAGUUGGCAGGGUUGGAAAGUCGAUGGAAAGUUCUUCUAAUAAUUUUCGAAAUACCGACAUGGGAGUUGAUUGCACUUACUCUCCUGAUUUCAUCGAUAUCUUGGUUCUUGAUAGGGUCUUCUCUACCGGAAACCCACGCCCACAAAGUGCUGUCGACAUGUUUUCUCAAUACUUGGUGUGUUUUAUUAGGCAUUUCAACCAGCAAUCGGCCGAUGUACAAUUCGUUGAGAAUUUUCUUCAUCGCUCUCGCCCUGUACGGACUAAACCUCACCACAAUUUACACCUCACUGCUCAUCAACUUCUUCGCGUCUCCCCCCAGAAAGCACCAAAUUGACACGAUGGAUGAAAUUUUGGCGGCGAAUUUCCAAAUCGGAGGCCGCAUGGAGUACGAAGAUUGGUUCCAGAAUGGGGAUGAAAACGAUUUGCAAGUGUCCAGGUUGUAUGACAACUCGGAUGACUUUCAGCCAUCCCACGAAAAUCUGAAAGCUGUUUUUCUCGGUGAGCGCGUUGUCCUGGCCAGUCGAAUGUACGUCAAGAGCAGCCAUUUUAAGGAUAAUGUUCACGGCCUCAACCAGGAUACCUUUGCCACUCAGCUGGAGAUGAUAAUGGAGAAAGGGUUUCCCCUGUUGCCAAAGUUCAACAGGAUCAUUUCGAAUCUCAACGACAUGGGCAUAACGGAGAAGCUCUUCCAUGAUUUCAUGUUCAAUGUGACAAUUUUGGAGAAGAUUGAGGAUAUUUUGAAUCCGGAUGAUGAUGAUCAUAGUUUGAAUUCGGGUGGAAAUGAAAUAGUGCUGACUACGGAUCAUCUACAAAGUGCAUUUUUCUUCUUUUUUGUUGGAGUUGUUAUCAGCACGGUUGUGUUUUUCGGUGAAGUUAUUUACAAUACAACGGAGGUGAAAAAGAUAGUGAAAAGAUUAGAAGGUGCAGUAAAUCGGUUCUUGGUUAGGCUGAAGCUACGGGAGCCACGGUGGAAGCCGGUUGGAGUCCUAAAUGUAACCUACUUCCUGGUAGCGAAACGUGCGGACGGGACAGUACUCACCUGUUGCGUCAAGUCUAUUCUGUUGAUUAAGGGAGGGGCCGGCUUUAAACCACAGGAUACCACGCAGGAGUCACUUUCACAGGGCUAA